AUGGGAUGCCAAAAAAUUUCAGCCUCAUUUCUCCAUCAGCCCGGAAGAGGGCUACAUCACCGCAGGCAUGGAGGUUUCUUUCGAAGUGACUUACCAUCCUACUGAGGUGGGCAAGGAGAUCCUCCAUAAAAACUUGCUCUGCUUCAUCCAGGGUGGCAGUCCUCUGAGCCUAACCCUGUCUGGAGUCUGCGUGGGACCACCUUCGGUAAAAGAGGUGGUGAAUUUCACCUGCCAGGUACGCUCCAAGCACAUACAGACCAUCAUGCUUUCAAACCGCACCAACCAAACCUGGAAUCUGCACCCCAUCUUCGAAGGCGAGCACUGGGAGGGGCCCGACUUCAUCACCCUGGAGCCCCAUCAGCAAAACAAGCCCUAUGAGAUUACCUACCGGCCCCGCACCUUGAAUGUGGAGAACCGCAAGCAUCAGGGCACCCUCUUCUUCCCCCUCCCAGAUGGGACCGGCUGGCUAUAUGUACUGCAUGGGACUUCCGAGCUCCCCAAAGCCGUGGCCAAUAUCUACCGUGAAGUGCCAUGUAAGACGCCCUACACUGAGCUCCUGCCAAUCACCAACUGGCUGAACAAGCCCCAGAGAUUCCGGGUCAUUGUGGAAAUGUUGAAACCGGAGAAGCCCGACCUAAGUGUCACCUUAAAGGGCCUUGAUUACAUUGAUGUGCUGUCUGCCUCCAAGAAAGACUACAAGCUGAACUUCUUUUCCCACAAGGAGGGACUGUACACAGCAAAGGUGAUCUUCCGAAACGAGGUGACCAACGAGUUCCUAUACUACACGGUGAGUUUCAGGGCCAUCCCUUCAGGCAUCAUCAAAACCAUCGAGAUGGUGAGCCCUGUCCGGCAGAGAACAUCGGCCUCCAUCAAGGUGGAGAACCCCCUGCCCUACUCGGUGACCUUCUCCACGGAAUGCAGGGUGCCCGACAUCAGCCUGCCUUCCCAGUUUGUGGUGCCGGCCAACUCUGAGGGCACAUUCUCAUUUGAAUUCCAGCCCUUGAAAGCUGGAGAAACCUUCGGAAAACUAACACUGCACAACAGUGAUUUGGGUUACUACCCAUAUGAGCUCAGUUUGAAGACCAUGCCAGCACUGCCUGAAAAGCCUGUCCACUUCCAGGCUGUUCUUGGCAGUGGCCAGAGCAUCUUUGCCAAGUUCACCAAUUACGCCCGGCAGAAGACAGAAUACUACUGCAGGACCGACUGUCCAGACUUCCACGCGGAAAAGUUCCUCUACGCGGCCCCCGGGGUGCAGGGCGGCACCGAGGUGAGUGUGGAGGUGUACUUCGAGCCCAGCCGCCUGGGCGAGAGCAAGGGCACCCUGAGCCUGUCAUCGCUCGUGGGCGGCGAGUACCUCAUCCCCCUCUUCGGAGUGGCUCUGCCCCCCAAGCCGCAAGGCCCCUUCCUGAUCCGAGCCGGGUACAACAUGGUCAUCCCCUUCAAGAACGUCUUCCAGCACCCGGUCACCUUCUCCUUCACGGUGGAGAACCCGGCCUUCUCCGUCCGCGCCGCAGACUCCGUGAAGCCCAAGAAGAUCAACAACAUCACGGUCUACUUCGGAGGAAACCCAUCAGGCAGCAAAACACCCAUCACCAGCAAGCUGAUUGUAGCCUGCCCUCCCGGCGAAGGUAGCGACACUGGAAUUAAAUGGGUUUAUUACCUGAAGGGGAUCACCCCUUAGUGGGAACCAGGCUCCGUGGCCUCAUGGGAAAGCCAUCUCCUCAGCCUUAAUACCUAUGUGUUGCUCUAGCCCUGUGAAGAAUAGAGAAAAUAAUCAGAAUUCUAAAGGUACUGUUUCAUCCUCCAAUUCAAUUACAGGGGCACUUAUUUCCACAUUAUAUGAAUUCCAAAUAUCUGUAUGAAAUAUAGAAAUUCCAUAUUAAACAUGGU